CGACUUCCGUAACACUGCAAAGUCUUAUGACAGUUUAUGUGUUGUUCAAUAAUCUUGCCCAGCGUUGAUAAAGCGGCUUACAGUUGUCUCUGUAAACGGACAAGUUCUAAAGAACCGAUUCGCAUGAACACUACCACGAGAAUGAAUCGACUCUUAAAACGCCUACUGUACUGUUAUACAGUAUGACGUAGUAUGGGGUAGUACUGUAGUAUGCUAUUUAGAAUUAUAGCUGAGCCACCAACCCACGUCAUUCUCGAUUAUGACCGAAACAGUGACUUGGUUAGCAAUUGUUUUGUUCCCACCCAGUUCCAUUUGAUAUUAACUCGUGUUCUUACAUGUGUCCCGCCUCUUCGUGUGUCUAUAAUGUCCUGUAAUAAUUAACUCUUCUCGGCAGACGUGCAGAAUUUUACUCUGAAUAUUCGUCUGAAGACUUAACGUUACAGAAAAAUGACUGAACGAAUGUUUGAAGAGAAACAACAUGCCUCCCUCUAUCAACAAUAUCGAUUCGCUCCACCGGAUGAGCUGAAGGAGCUUAUUCUUCAGUAUCUGGACAAAAAGAAAGGAAAGCCCCAUCAGCUGGCUGUGGAUUUGGGCUGUGGGACAGGGCAGACCUCUCGCCCACUGACACCAUAUUUUCAGCAGGUGGUGGGCAUUGAUGUAAGUGAAUCACAGGUGGAGGAGGCGAGAGCAGUGCAGGGCUUCCCUAAUCUCACCUACAGAGUAGGCACAGCAGAGGAGCUGCCCUUCCCAGAUGCUUCAGUGGAUCUGCUGACAGCUGCAUCUGCUGCUCAUUGGUUUGAUGCUGAACGUUUCGUCAAGGAAGCUCAGCGUGUCCUGAAGCCUCAUGGAUGCUUGGCUCUCUUUGGCUAUAAUGACAGUAUGAAAAUACACCAUGAGUCCUGUGGAGAUCAACUUAAUAUCAUAUAUGAUGAACUGAAGCAAGAACUUCAGCCCUACACAAGCACUAAGAUAACUGGGGCUAGUACAAAGCUAAAGGACCUGUUUGAAGUCAUACCCUUUCCAGAUAAAGAGAGGAUUGAAACUAUUCCCAUAAAGGAACAGCUCAGCGUCAAGAACAUACUUGGCUUUUUUCAGACUUUUUCCAUGUACCAAGCAUAUCUGAGAGCCAAUCCAAAGGCUGCAACUGCACUGUUGGAGAAAACAUCAUCACGAAUUCUAGAGGAGAUAAAAGCAACUUCAACAGACGCCAAAGUUGACUUUAUAUGGGAGUAUUACUGUGUGCUUGCAUGUAAACCUGAGUGACACAUGACUCAAGUCUAAUGAUACACCUCUCUUUUACCCUCACCUCUCCUUUACUGUAAUCACAGGUGUUCAGCUACUGUAGUUAACUAUGUUUAAUCUUGCUUUGUUAAUCAAGUUAGCAAAUGUGUGGGUUUACAAAGCCCAUAUUUUUUAUGAUUUCACAUUAAAGAUUCUGAUAAUAAGAACCACUGAGUAUUUGCACUAUCCUAAUGUUCAUUCAGAAUACAGAAUACUUGCAUUAAUUGUAAUGUAGGCUAAACAAUAAAAUUUCAGUUUUUCUUA